CAGUGUGCCGCAGCGCCAUAUUGGAAGCAAACCUAGCAGAUAACCAUCCUGACAGUUUGUUUUUCAGACUUUUUUUCCACAGUUACUGAUACGUCUGAACUGCGAACAGCCUGAUGGUUCCGAAUUAAGUCAUAUUUUAUGAUUUUCUCUUGUGCGAUCAUCCGGUAGGCUCAGGGGACGUGAUGGAGUCGACCGAUACGGUGGCGACCAAAACUUUUUGCUCUCAGACGGAGCUGAUCAUGGAGGUGGCGGUGGAGUCUGCCGUCUCUGUCCUCCAACAGAGACUCGAACAGGAGGGGACAGACGGCGAUGAUAGGCGGGCUCAGCUGGCUGCCGUCCUGGAUGUGAUGAGCAGAGAGGCUGUUCGUAAAAUCUGCAGAGUGUUCACAGAGCUGUACGUGAGCUUAUUGCAGGAAAACAAAGCUCUGAUGGGCAAAGUCGUACAUCUGGAGUCUGAGCUGAGGUCAAAGGUCGAGACAAACUGUGGAGCCCAAAAGAGCGCCACACAGACGGUUUAUAAGAUCAAACCAUCAGAUGGACCCGCCCUGUCACUGGACAGCAACCAGCCAGCCGCCAACCCCGCUGCCCUCGCCAUGGCCAUCCUGAACUCCGCCAAAUCCAGACGCAGGGCCAGCAGCAACCCUCAGGUCCCUCUGGUCAUCAUCAGCCAGCCGCUCCGUGCGCCAAUCGCAGGCCAGAGCAGCCUCGUCCCCCAGGUACCGCCAGAGAAACCGGAUCAAAGCGGCGGUAACACUGAAGGCACCGCAGCCGCCGCAGACCUCCACACUGAGGUGGAGUUAGAGGUGGACCAGAUCUCCACAGAGCCUGACAAAUCACCGUCCUCCACGGACAUGACAUCACUUCCUGUGGCUAAUUAUCAGCCAGUCAGUGAGCCUACAGCCGGUGAAGCCAUGCCCUCACCUGCGGAAGAACAAGUUGUUGUCAUGGUUGAAGCAGAGACGGAGACGGAACGCGUCCCUGACAGUCAACCAGCUCUGAGUGAAGAGGAGCAGAAGGAGCUGGAGAGGAAGAGGAGGAGGGAGCUGUACAAAGAGAAAAGGUUCUUCUGUGAGCUCUGUAAUAAGGGUUUCCAUCAGAAACACCAGCUGAGGAAACACGUCUCCUGUCACCUCAAACCUUUCCCCUGCAGCUCCUGUGAUAAAGGUUUCUACAAGGCCAAGACUCUGCAGAAACACCAGCUGACCCACCAGCUGAGGGAGGCUCAGGAGAACGACCCCGACAAGCUGCUGCGCUGCGACCAGUGCGACAGGAAGUUCAGGCUUCUGCGGCAGCUCCGAGUCCACCAGGCGUCUCACAGGCUGGAGAAGACGCCGUUAAAGUGCCACACCUGCGACCGCACCUUCACCUCCGCGGGCGCGCUCAGGUACCACGAGGUGUCGCACGCCCCCGUCAAGCCCUUCAUGUGCGACGUCUGCGGGAAAGGCUUCAACAGGAAGAAGAGCCUCCGCGAGCACCAAACCGUCCACACCGGCGCCCGGCCGUACCCCUGCCCGACCUGUGGGAAGAGCUUCUCCACCGCCAGCAACCUGCGCGUCCACAAGAGGUCGCACUCGGAGGAGCGGCCAUACAAGUGCUCCGAGUGCGACAAGGCCUUCAAGUGCAAGAUGGGACUGCUGCAGCACCGAGUGGUCCACUCCGGAGAGAAACCCUUCAUGUGUCAGACCUGCGGACUGAGCUUCGGCCUCAAGUACAACUUCCAGAGACACCUGCGCCUCCACAACGGAGAGAAACCGUUCAGGUGUGACAAAUGUGGAGAGGGCUUCACAGGUACCUGGGCUCUGAAGACCCACAUGCUGGUUCACGGCGUGGAGAAGCCGUUCAUGUGCGACCUCUGUGGGAAGACGUUUUUCUACAACUGUCAGCUGCAGAAGCACCAGCAGCUGGUCCACAGCAACAAGGACGGAGAGAAGGCCGAAGGCGUGCCGAGGAGACGGAGGCCGGCCGGAGUCAAGCCCUUCAGCUGCAAGAUCUGCCUGAAGAGCUUCAGCAGCACCACCACGCUGAGGACGCACGAGAAGAGCCACGCCGAGAACAAAGAGUUCACCUGCAGCACCUGCGGGAAGUCCUUCCACCUUCGACACCUGUACCUGUACCACAUGAGGCAGCACAGCGGCGACCGGCCGUACGUCUGCAGCGUCUGCGAGAAAGGCUUCCUCCUGAUGGCGCAGCUGAAGCAGCACGAGCUCGUGCACACUGGAGUCAAACCUCACAAGUGUGAGCAGUGUGGUAAAGAGUUCAGGACGCCGCAGAACUACCACCGCCACCUGCUGGUCCACACCGGAGAGAAACCCUACGAGUGCCUCGUGUGCAGCAGGAAGUUCAGGCAGUCCAACCAGCUCAAGUGCCACAUGCAGAUCCACACCGGGGUGAAGCUGUACACCUGUGAGCGCUGCAGCCGGGGCUUUUCCGACUCGCGGCAGCUCAAGAAACACCGCUGUGGAGACGACUUUCAGGGCUUUGAGCCUGGCAGCAAACGCAAGAAACAGAAGAGCGUUUUUCCAUGGCCCGAAGGCUUCACGAACCAGUAACCUCUUAAAUCCUCCUGUUCCCCUUCAGACGGAUGCCAGUCGCAGUAUUGUUGUUCAGCAUAGGCUCAGAAACACUGAUUUAAACACUUAAAUCCUGUUUGUUUAAAUCACAGACUGGAAGGAUAUUCUGAGCUGCUUCCUCUCUGAAACAAGAAAACACUUUAGCUUUGUCUUAAAAAAAAUUAAAACCAGUUCGAACUGUUCAGCUGAUCUGAAGAUCUGCUUGUGUGUUUGGUUUGUGUUGAAAGUGUGUGUCUUUCAGUUAAGCCCCAUCUCACUCAGUGCUGUUUGGUUAUUCUUCUGUCAUACUGAAGGGCCGGUCUACUCGAAUAAACCUUUCCUACAGUAGUGUCA